AUGGGUCAACUUCCUAUAGAGCGAGUUACUCCAUCCCGUCCUUUUUUACACACAGGCAUUGACUAUGCUGGGCCCUUCCUUACAAAGACUUGGAGAGGGAAGAAUGCCAGAACGUACAAGGCCUACAUUGCCUUGUUUGUCUGCCAAUCAACCUCUGCAGUACAUCUGGAGUUAGUCACUGACUAUACCACUGAAGGAUUCAUCGCUGCAUAUAAACGAUUCACAUCAAGAAGAGGUAUCUGUGCAACUUUAAGAAGUGAUUGCGGUACUAAUCUUAAAGGUGCAGACUCUGAGCUCAGAAAGCUCUUUUCAUCGGCCUCAACUGAAUUCGGAGACUUAGCAAAUCUUCUAGCGAACGAUGGUACUCAAUGGCUUUUCAAUCCCCCUGCAGCUCCUCACUUUGGAGGGAAAUGGGAGUCCGGGGGUAAAUCUGUGAAAUUUCACCUCAAACGAGUGGUUGGAGACCAUCUUCUAACGUACGAGGAAAUGUCUACACUCUUAACUCAGAUAGAAGCCGUUCUGAAUUCUCGACCUCUCAGCCCUCUGUCCGAUGAUCCAGACGAUAUAAAUGCCUUGACACCUGGGCACUUUCUUAUUGGAACCGCUAUCUCUACUAUUCCAGAACCAUCGCUUGAAUCUGUCAAAAGCUCUCAUCUCACUCGGUGGCAACUCAAUCGUCAAAUGUUGGAGAGCUUUUGGACACGGUGGUCAAGAGAAUGCUUACAAAGAUAUCUUGCAGUUUAUAAGUGGAACAGAACCAACCCUUCGAUUCAAGAGGGCUCUCUCGUGUUAGUGAUGGAUGAGCGAUAUCCCCCUUCCAAAUGGCCAUUGGGUCGAAUUACUAAAACUCAUCCUGGUAAGGAUGGACUCACCCGCGUAGUCUUGAUUCGUACGCAGACCUCCCUCCUCAAACGUCCAAUAGUGAAGAUCUGUCCUUUACCUAUCUCUAAUCAUACAGAAGGCGAGGUGAUCCGGUGUGGUUUCGGAUGUUAUACCAUCUCUUGUCCGCCAACGUCUGGGAGUCUCAAAAUCAUCAACGCCACGGAAAACCAUUCGUUUCAAGAAGCACGCAUGAGACUAGAUUUCAUACAAUCACCAUAUUGCGGAAGAGACAAGCUAAGUGCAAGGAUCGGUUCGGGUGUAGCUACGUCUCUUUCUUUAGUGUCUUCGGAUCAGGGCUAA